GGAUGAGAUGGGGUAUUUACCUGAAAUUCAAGUUGUCAUGGUAAUUUGUGUCAUGCUGUUCCGCUCAGCUAGUGGAGGUUGUGACACUGGUAUGCACGAGAUCGAAGGGUCUUGCUACUCUCACCAGGCUGUGAUGAAAACGGCAUACGAAGCUGAGACGGAGUGUCCGCUCAUCCCUGCGGCCAACCCUCCGGUCAACCCCGGUCAACAUCUCGCAGCGUUCGCCUCUCAGUCGGAGCUUGACGCAGUCUAUAACUUCUACAGUUCGUUGAGCGGUGUGACUUCAGCGCUUGCUGUAAGGGCUACCAAUGCGUCAAUAGGCUUACCUUCGGACGGUAAUGGAUGCGUAGUCAUCGGCUAUGGAUCGGUGCUUCGGAAUGAGGAUUGCGCCUUGCAGCAUACGUUCUUGUGUGAAAGGGAUAUGGAUAUAUCUACAACUGUUGUCACUGAAACUAUAACCACAAACCAGCAAUCGACCCCUACAUCAACAUCGGUCAUCCCAAUAACGACCACAGUGGCUACAGCUUCAACAGAACCUUCUACAACUACUAGACAAUAUACAACCAAGUCAUCUACAACGUCAUCAACAUCUAGCACCAUGACAUCAACUGCCACAACCCCUAGAAAUCGAAUGUCUUCAUUCGUCUUAACUGGCGCUGGUCGAUCUAUUUCUAACGUCGUAUUGAUAGGGACGGUUGGCGCUACACGUACUCCUUUACGCUGCGCGGUGAAGUGCGCUUCAGCGGACGGAUGUCACGUGUUCUCCCAUUCGGCAGCCAAUCAGAAGUGCUAUCUAGGGGAUGCAGGGAGUAUGGACUAUUUAGAGGAUGACUCGGAAUGUAAUACAUAUGAAAUGUUUUGGCGUAUUUCUUGACUAGGGUGAAGGAAUGAACCACUGGUGGAUCCAGGGAGAUAAGGGCAUGAUAAAAAUUUGUAAAGUAAAAAUGCCGUUAACU